UAAGUUAUUUGAAAUAUUUUAUGUAAGUGUUUUCAUUUAAAAAGUACAGAUAAAACAUUCAAUUUAUUUAAAAGUAUGUCUAAAUCUAUCUUGUGGUGACAAUGCGGUCUUGUCUUGUGUCAUGCCUAGAUGCUCGAAUGCUCGACCCUGUGAAUCGAAGCAGUAAAACGUACGCCAAGGUGUUAAUACACAUUGCAUCUAGUUAUCGCUGGCACAUCAUUCUUUAAGUAACGCUGCAAAAUGAGCGUGUUCGAGCCGGACUGUGGCAAUUUUGAAGGGCCUAAUGAGUUGGUAUUGAAUCUUCAAGACAUUGCAGCGAUACCGAAGCUAUCGUCAGAGCUGGUUGAUAAUGGUUCAGUUUAUAGCGAGAAAAAGGAUGAAAGCUGUGAAGUAAAAAUAAAGCACUAUGAAGGACCAAGAAACAGCAAGAAUGAACCGUGCGGUAAUGGCUUUGCAAAAUUUACCAACGGUGAUCAUUAUGAAGGAUCGUUCCGAAAAGGAGUAUUUUCCGGACAGCAGGGCGUAUUGCGGCAAAGAACGGGCCAUCGUUACGUCGGCGCUUUCCGCAAAGGUCUUCGCGAAGGACGUGGCAUACAAACUUACCCAGAUUGUUCCACCUAUAAUGGCGACUGGUUGAGGGGAGUGCGUCAUGGGUACGGUGUAUAUGUGUACUCGAACAAGGAUGUUUACGAGGGAAACUGGUGCAUGGACAAAAAGCAUGGCAUAGGAGUGUACACAUUUGCCGAAAACGGACUACGUCUGCGCGGAUCCUGGAGCGAAGGACAUUUGGCUGGUCCGGUGGAGGUAUUGUUUGGCAGCAUCCGCUACCAUGGCACGUGGGAUGGAACGGUGUUAUCAGAUGCUCACGAUAGUGUUUUUAACAUUGCGUCGAAGUAUUUGCUGCGAGGAAUUAUUAAGUCAGGAUCAUUUGAUGAGUACGUGUGGACACCCAGUGAGAUAGAGCGGUACAAUUUUGCUCACCUCCCAUUAGAACCGCUCCCAGCCCCUAUCCCAAUGAUGGAAUGCCAUCAGUGCGAUAGUUCUGAUGAUUCAACAACGGAUGCAUGAUCAAUGAUUGCUAACACAAUAGCUUGUGAUUGAAGGUGAAAUUUGAAGUCAUACAAAAACAAACACAUUUUGGCUUUUUUGGUAC